GAGUGCAGCCUGCGUGAAGCAGGCUGGAGCGGCGCGCGAGAGCGAAGGUAGCUUCUGGUUACAAACUUUGGACCAAUCAGAGCGCCGCCCUGCCUUUCUGCAGCGCGAGCACCAGAAGUUCAACCUGGAUCCCGAAGAAACCUUCUGCUCUAAGUUUUUAAACUGACAAUGCUGGUUCACUUCCGCUGACACCUCUGACAGCCAACUAGUUGUCAUUGAAGGAAACAAUUCCGAGUAAUGACAAUGUUGGGUAUGUACGUGCCAGACAGAUUUUCCCUGAAAUCGUCCAACGUCCAGGAUGGAAUCGGUCUUUACACGGCGAGGCGAGUGAAAAAGGGAGAAAAGUUUGGCCCCUUUGCAGGCGAGAAAAAGCUGCCUGGUGAGCUGGAUGAAAGUUCGGACACCAGGCUGAUGUGGGAGGUCCGAGGCACUAAGGGAGAUGUACUGUAUAUUCUGGAUGCUAGUAACCCGCGCUAUGCCAACUGGCUGCGGUUUGUCCAUCAGGCGCCUUCACAGGAGCAGAAGAACUUGGCAGCCAUACAGGAUGGAGAAAACAUUUUCUACCUGGCUGUGGAUGACAUAGAGACAGACACAGAGCUCCUAAUAGGCUACCUGGACAGUGACAUGGAGGAAGAGGAUGAGGAAGAAGAGGAGGUGACCAUUAAAGAUGAUGAUGAAAACAGUAAAGAGGCCAAACAUCUUGUUGAAAUGGAGCUAGUAAUAAAAAAGGAGGACCACCCCUGCUUGCUGUGUGAGAGCAGUUUUCCCAGUGAGGAGAUCCUGGCGGCCCACCUCCAGAGUCUACACCAGAGGCCCAGCACGGAGGAGAAGGAGUUCAAAUGCAGAAACUGUGGCAAGAAGUUCCCUGUCAAACAGGCUUUGCAGCGCCAUGUUUUGCAUUGUUCUGAGUCACUGGAUCCAUCAGCUGACUCUAAAGCGCACCAGUGCACCAUCUGCCACAACACUUUCGGCUCAGAAUCUAGUUUUGAGCAGCAUAAGGAAGCCUGUAAAGGGGAUGCCAGGUUCAUCUGUAAAGCAGAGAGCUGUGGGAAACGUUUUAGGAGCAAAGACGCUCUGAAGAAGCAUAAAGGAAAUGUUCACACAGGGAGUGCACGACGGAAACUUACAUGUACUAUAUGCAACCGUAAAUGUUCGUCGUCUCUGAAUCUCCAAGAACAUAGAAAGGUACAUGAAAUAUUUGAGUGCCACGCCUGUGAUAAGAAGUUCAUUUCUACUAAUCAGCUGAAAAGACACAUGAUAACACAUUCAGAGAAGCGACCGUAUACGUGUGAAGUCUGCAAUCGAUCGUUCAAGCGCCUGGAUCAGGUGACAGCUCAUAAGAUCAUUCAUAGCGAGGACAAGCCAUACAAAUGCAAGCUGUGUGGUAAAGAGUUUGCUCACCGCAAUGUCUACAAGAAUCAUAAGAAGACCCACUCUGAGGAGAGACCCUUCCAGUGUGAGGAGUGCAAAGCGCUGUUUCGCACUCCCUUCUCCCUACAGCGUCAUCUACUCAUCCACAACAGUGAGAGGACGUUCAAGUGCGACCAGUGCGACGCCACCUUCAAGAGGAAGGACACGCUCAACGUCCACAUCCAGGUGGUGCACGACGGCCACAAGAAGUACAAGUGUGACCUGUGCGAGAAGGCCUUUGUUACUCCUUCUGUCCUCAAGAGCCACAAGAAGACACACACAGGAGAGAAGGAGAAAAUCUGCCCGUACUGUGGACAAAAGUUUGCCAGCAAUGGCACGUUGAGGGUCCACAUCCGCAGCCAUACAGGUGAGCGUCCGUACCAGUGCCCCUACUGUGACAAAGCUUUCAGCAAGAACGACGGCCUGAAGAUGCACAUCCGCACACACACCCGUGAGAAGCCAUACAAAUGCAGCGAGUGCAACAAGGCCUUCAGCCAGAAAAGAGGGCUGGAUGAGCACAUGCGGACCCACACAGGAGAGAAACCUUUCCAGUGUGAUGUGUGCGACCUGUCGUUCAGCCUGAAGAAGAUGCUCAGCCGCCACAAGCUGACGCACAACCCCAACCGGCCCAUGGCAGAGUGCCAGCUGUGCCACAAGAAGUUCACCAGGAACGACUACCUCAAAGUGCACAUGGAGAACGUUCAUGGGGAAACGGAGAGCUAGGGCCCGUAAUGGAGGCCCUGGCUGGGCCUUCACAGUGCAUACUGUAUACAGAGAUGGACAGAUAGCACAAACGUUACAUGUAGAAUAUGAAAAACAUGCAACUGAAGCAUUGACUGUACAUUUUGGUUUUUUUUUGUCAUGAUGUUUUGGAAAUUUGAACAUGCAGAGUUCCAGAUAUGUUUGAUGUGCCUCCAAGAGCAAAGGCCAUGGCUGACAUUUCACUUGCAGCCUCUCCGACUUCGAACCAGUGUUACUGUUCCCACUGCCACUGACCCACUGAUUCCUGCCUGUACUGCAAACCUGUGGUCAGUUACAGACAGAAACCAGCCAGCGUUAUCUACUUGCACACUUUACCUGCUCUCUGGUAUCCAGCAGAGCUGCUCGGUGCUUCAAAGCCACAUUGCUUCAUUUAGGACUUCAAAAUAUCCCUCUCUUACAGUAUUGAAACAGGAUGGGGGAAUGAAAGACGUGGAGCCUCCUGCAAAAUCUGAAACAGCUCACAAAUAUUUACUUCAGAGCCACAGACCAUUAACCUGAACUUGUGAGUCUUUUGUUCUCACGUCCUUGAAAAGUUCUGUGCAGUAAAUUUGAAGGUUUGGUCUGAAACACCUGACUUUAGGAAUCAGGAGACGAUUGUUGGCCUUAGUGUGGACAAUAAUGUUGAAUGUGUGUUACACUAUGUUUACAUUGUUCUUUGCUCCAUGCAGUAUUUCAGUAGUGAUCCUGUUCACUCCUUGUUAAUGGUCACAUACAUUUGCUACUUUUGAUAAAAGCAAACGUUUUUCCAGCUGUUUAUUUUGUACA